UUUAGCACUGCCCUGCCUGGAUGAACUUGGCUGCAAAGACUGCAAAAGACGGAUGGCAUUCUCCUUUGACACUUGGUAUACAUUGGCUCUGCGCUAUACGUCAGGAACUGAUUAAUACACAGCCAGAAUGGAAAAAGAAAUGGAAAGAAAUAAGUUGGAAAAUGGAUCCCAUCUCCAGUUCUUUAUGGAAAAAAAGACUCCACCAAAGAUCAGCAAAACAGCAGUGAUAAAAAGCCAGCUGAGGAAAAACUGUUCCUGUAGCAGGGAAAGAAUGAAAAAAACAGUCAUGGACUUUUUCCCUGUGUUACAGUGGCUUCCCAAAUACAAGUGUAAAGAGUAUAUUUGGGGAGACAUUAUGUCAGGCUUGGUCAUCGGAAUCAUUUUAGUGCCGCAAGCAAUAGCCUACUCCCUGCUAGCAGGCCUGAAGCCAAUAUACAGUCUUUACACAUCUUUCUUUGCCAACAUUAUCUACUUUCUCAUGGGCACCUCCAGACACGUUUCAGUGGGCAUUUUCAGUUUAUUAAGCUUAAUGGUUGGACAAGUUGUUGACAGGGAACUGCUGUUGGCAGGGUUUGACCUCAACGAUGAUCCUCAUGAGGUCACUGGUGGCAGAAAUCCUUUGAAUGUCACCGUCCACAAUUUAACCCUCGGCACAAUGAGCAUGGAAUGUGGGAAAGAAUGCUAUGCCAUUGGGGUGGCUACAGCACUGACCUUCCUGGCUGGAGUUUAUCAGGUUCUAAUGGGAAUCUUCCACUUGGGCUUUGUGUCGAUGUAUCUUUCAGAGCCAGUACUUGAUGGCUUUGCAACGGGUGCUUCAGUAACCAUUCUAACAGCUCAGGUUAAGUACCUUGUUGGCAUCAAAAUCCCUCGGGCCCAGGGAUACGGUGUCUUAAUCACCACCUGGGUUAAUAUUUUCAGCAACAUUUCCCAGGCUAAUGUCUGCGAUGUGAUCACAAGCACGAUAUGCAUCACAGUGCUGGUCACUGCCAAGGAACUAGGGGACAGAUAUAAGGACAGGCUCAAGGUUCCUCUUCCUACAGAGCUGAUAGUGAUUGUGAUGGCAACACUGGUUUCCCAUUAUGGACAGCUGAAGGAAAUGUAUGGCUCCAGUGUUUCAGGCGAAAUCCCCACUGGAUUUAUUCCUCCCCAGGUGCCCAGCUUGACUCUCAUGCAGAGAGUUGCUGUCGAUGCCCUCCCUCUUGCCAUCGUUGGCUUUGCCUUCACCAUUUCACUCUCAGAAAUGUUUGCCAAGAAAUAUGCCUACACGGUCAAGGCCAACCAGGAAAUGUUUGCUAUCGGCUUUUGCAACAUCAUCCCGGCUUUCUUCCACUGCUUUGCCACUAGUGCGGCCCUGGCAAAGAGCCUGGUCAAGGCAUCGACAGGAUGUCAGACACAGGUAUCCAGCUUGGUGAGUGCUGUUGUGGUGCUUCUGGUGUUGCUUUUCUUUGCACCCCUCUUUUUCAGCUUGCAGAAGUGUGUCCUGGCAUGCAUUAUCAUUGUCAGCCUAAGAGGCGCCCUCAGGAAAUUCAAAGACCUUCCGCAGCGAUACCGCCUAGACCGAGUGGAUGCCCUGGUGUGGUGUGUUACCAUGCUCUCGUCUGCCUUGAUCAGCACCGAAAUGGGCCUUCUAGUUGGGGUUGUGUUUUCAAUCCUGUGCAUAAUCGGCCGCACCCAGCGCCCUCAUGCUGCCUUACUUGGGCAGAUUGAGAAUACUGUCUUCUAUGAAGACGAGGAGGAAUACACAAACCUCCUGCCUGUUCCAAGGGUGAAAAUAUUUCGCUUUGAAGCACCACUUUAUUAUGCAAAUAAAGAUUUUUUCCUCAAGUGCCUCCACAACAAAACGGGGUUUGACCCUACGAUUGAAAUUGCCAGGAGAAAAAAGGCCAAGAAGAAAGGGCAGCCAAAUUCUCACAAAGGACUUGAACAUGGAGAUACAGGUUUAUCUCUUGUCACUAAACCCAGAGACAUUCAGGCCAUCAUCAUUGACUGCUCUUCCAUUCCAUUUUUGGACACAGCUGGUGUGAGCGCAUUAAAAGAAACAUUCAAAGACCACCAAGAAUGGAAAGUCACGGUUCUUCUGGCUUGCUGCAGCCCCUGCGUGAUAGCUUCCCUGGAAAGAGGGGGCUACUCAGCCAGUGCAAACAAAAACAUGCAUGAACUUGUGUUUCAUAACAUACACAGUGCUGUCCAAUUUGUAAAAGAGAGGAAGACUACAGCAGACGAUUCAGUUGUAUAGCCCAGGGUCCCCAUAUUGUAUCUUCAAUAACCAGCAGUUGUGAGGAUUCAGCAUUCACUGCAUUCAUGUUGUGGCCUUCAAAAUGUUCAGACUUAGGAUCCUACUUGAAUCUCAACAUACACUAUGGAUCCUAUUCUGUUUUUUAAAUAACAUUUUAUAGGUACUCAGUGGUAUAAACAUAACAUGAGAUAAUGUAAUCGUAAAAUGUAGGUACGAUGAACUGUACAAUACAAGUGGAUCCAGUUUAGACAUAAUAUGACAUCAUUGUUGAAUGUUACAAGAAUGUGCCAAGACUAGCCCAUGACUAGUGUCCUCCUAGCUCUUCCCUUCCAACUUUUUGGUAUCCAGAGUUCAGUACAGCAGUCCACGAGUUACAAACAUCUCACUUACAAAUGAUUCUUAUUUAAGAACAGGGGUGAAACAACAGGAAGUGAGAGACAUCUACCCUCAGGAAGGGAAAAUCAUGCCUGGAAGAGUUAUCAUGGGGAAAGGGUGUCUCCACUGAAGAUAUUAACAAUACUUGUUUCCACAACAAGCCAUUUUUUUUCCAAAAUCCAAUUAUUACAGUGACAGAAAGUGAGGGGAAGUCUUCUGAACAGGGCACAAACAGCAAAACAAACACCACUUUGUGAUAUCCAAAGUGUGUGUGUGUAUAUAUGUGUGUGUGUAUACACACACACACACACACACACACAUAUAUAUGGCUGAAGUUAUAUUUAAAAAUGUACCUGUUCAGCUUAGGAACAAUCCUAUAGAAUCUAUUUUGUUUGUAACUUGGGGGCUGCCUCUAUUAAAUGAGCUGGAGCUUCUCUCCUCAGUGCUAAACAAAUCAGUUUCUCUGUAGUUCCAAACCUAAGAAACUGUUGUUUAAUCAAAGUACGGUCAGCCAAAACAAAUCUGGAUGAAAAUAUAGAAUCUAAUUGAUUAAUUCACCAUAACCCAUUUUUCUAUUGCCAUAGCAUUCUUUCAUGUUACAGCUGAGCCAGGCCACAUUGUCCCAGUUCUCUUUUGAAUAAAAUGUAUAUCAGUUUUUUAAA